AAAAAACACCAAAGAAGAAGAACUUCCGGUUGUGUUUGGUUUGGUGGCGAUAAUCACCACAACAUCCUCCAGCAUGAGCUCUACAUGAAUUAACUAACGUUUAACUGAUUUAACUGCUCAGUUAUAAACCUGUAACAUAAAAAACAAUGUGGAGGUUAAACAAAGUCCGUCACAAAGCUGGUCGAGCAGCAGACAGCUCAGAGGAGAUGAAGGUGAAGAGGAGAGAGAAGGAGAAAGCACUGAGACAAGCCCGCAGAGACAGACAGCUUGUGAGCAAGAGACUCCUGCUGAAUGACGAUGAGGACCAGCCAGAGGUCACCAUGGACACUACCUCAGGAGAACAGGAUGUGGUCGGUUUGUUCCACAAACUUCAACACGGCGGGCCGGAGAGGGAGGCCCACAUGAAAGCUUUGAGUAAAGCUCUCCGCGACCCGUCAGCUCAGCGCACCUUCAUCAAGCAGGAGAACAGUAUUCAUCUUCUGGUUGGUCUCCUCACCGGCUCUGAUGCUACGCGUCGUCUGCAAGCCAUCCGGUGCCUCCAUGAGCUGUCUCACUCCCCCCACAACGACGUAGCACCAGCUUGUCUGCCUGCCACCCCCUACCUGCUCACCUACCUGUCUGGCCAGAGCACCAAGUUCACCGAGCUGUGUCUCUACACGCUGGGUAAUUUAUGCCCAGACAGUGAUGUUGUAAAAGACAAACUCCUGGCUCAGGGAAUCAUACCAGCUCUGGCCAACUGUAUAGAGAACCAGAGACAUAACCUUGCGGUGGUGGAAGCUGUGGGAUUCACCCUCUCUCAGCUUCUCCAGACCAAAGACGCAGCAGAGAAAAUAAUCCCGACAGUCCUUGCCUCCAGCUUACCUUCGAACUUGCUAUCGGUCCUGACUCCUGACCCAAAGUUUGGCCUGGCCCCUGCCAUCGAGUGUGCAUGGUGUCUGCACUACCUCACGUGUAGCAUGAAGGACAACAGAGAGCUGUUGGCUCAAGGGGCCCUGUUGCAGUGCAGUUCCCUGUUAGUUUCACUAGGUGGUGCCGUUGCUGAAGGAAACAAAGAAGAAGGAAUGGAGCUGUUUAUCUGUCCUCUGCUGAGGUGCGUGGGAAACCUGCUGUCCUCCUGUCCAGUGAAAGACCUCAACACUCAAGUGGGUGACGUUCGUGUGGUGGUCGCUCUGUGUGCACUUCUUCAGGCCUACCUGCAGACCCAUCCAGCGUUGGCUAGAGAGAGCGCCUGGGUCCUCAACAACCUCACAGCUCACUCCAGUGCUCUCUGCUCCGCUCUGCUGACUCUCAACUUGGUCCCUGGACUGAUCCAGCUCCUCCCUUUCUCUCAAGGCAUCAAUACCAUGAUCCUGAGGGUUCUGGCAAAUAUUGCCCACAAGAAAAAGGAGUUCUGUGUCCAGCUGGCACAUGGCGGAUUGCUGUCUGCACUCUGUGCCACACUUAAAAUGGCCGACCAAGAGAUGGUGACCCUGAGUAUGGAUGUCCUGUUCAUGCUGGUAGUUAGCGGUCCACAGGUGGCAGAGGAGUUUGUGAGGCAAGGCGGGCUGUCACUGUUAGAAGCCGUUCAGUACAACAGUGAGGGAGAGAUUCGACUCAGAGCAACACACCUCCUGGAGCACCCCCCGCUGUCCUGCUCAUCCCGUCGCUCGGACAACAUCCCACGUUCCUGAUGCCCCGGAGAGGCAUCAAACUCACACCUAUGGGGUACGGAGUGUCACCGAUACCAUGCGGACACACACCUGUCUGCAUUGGUAUGUUGUUAUAUUUAAAGUCAUUUUUAAUACCCUUUGAAUAUGAUCACUGGUAUUUUAAUGUUUUACGAUCUUCAGUGUUAUCAAAGGUGUUUUAAUGAAUGUAAAGGAAGAGGAAGUAUUAUUUUUUUAAUAUCCGAGACUCCGUAGUCUUUUUGUCUGUCACAUAUAUAUAUUAAGAAGACAGGUAUAUACAGCUCCUGUCUGUACUGAGGAUGUCUGUAUAAGACUGACUGUAAAUAUCUAGAAUGAGUGUGAUGCAAAAGAAUCCUUUGUUUUUUGUGAUGAUGACGGAUUUUAGAAGUAUCAUGUAUUUUGAGCCAAUAACACAUUCUCAUUAAUGACUGUACAUUCAUGAAAUAUGUAAUAAAUUGAUAAAUAUCAACUUCACUACAGAUUAAAGAAAUAUUUUAUAGUAA